UUGUUUUUCAAACUUGUUCUUUCUUUUUUUCUGUUUUCAGUUUUGCAAGUUGUUUUUUGGCUUUCAAUGGCUUCUGACGAAAUUUAUCUUUUGUCUUCUUGUUACACUUUUUUCCCCCCCUUUUAAGAACAUAAGCAUGGAAAUGAGAUUUAAUGAUGUUUGGUUGUGAUGAUUCUUCAGGAAAAAAUGAGUAUUUUGUACACACCACAUGUCAAUUUUCCAGAGAGUGAGUUGAGAAAGGACCAAGUGUUGAUGGAUUCAAGUCACUGUUAUCAGGAACAAAGCCACCAGCAGCAUAAUUCCGGCCUAAUGCGGUACCGUUCAGCUCCAAGUUCAUUCUUUGAGAGUAUGGCCAAUGGGAGCAAUGGGGGUGUUAAUAAUUCUGAAGAUUAUCGAUAUCUUCGAUCUUCAAGUCCUGAAAUGGACACUUUUCUGGCAAAAUAUAUGCUGCCGUGUAACGGUUCUGGUGAUUCUGGUUCUCAUGAUCUGCAAGAAUUCGGGGAAAAAGCCAUGAAACAAGAAGAGACUGAAGCUGUUCCUCAACAGAAUGGUUAUCCAAAUGGGUCCUCCCAGAUGAUUUACCAAAGUUUAACAAACCAUAAUCUGACAAUGGAUACUUCAUUUGGUGUUGUGAAUCAGUCUAUGGCCUUAGAGAAUUCGAUGCAAGCGAAAAUGGGUACCGGAAAUGGCUCCAACCUUGCCAGGCAAAGUAGCUCUCCACCUGGACUGUUUUCCAACCUAGGCGUUGACAAUGAGUUUAAUGUGCUGAGGGAUGUGGGAUGCUUUAGAGCUUCCAGUGGUACCAAUGGAGAAGCUAGUCCCUCGGGCAUUCGGUUAAACAAUCAUAUAAACUUUUCAUCUGGAUCAUCUUCAAGAAUUAUGCCUCGGAUUGGUGAAAUUGGGAGCCAGAACAUGGGGACCAGUAGGCCGGAGGAAAAAUUGGGCAGUAAUAAUGGUAGCACUAAGCAGUACAUGUCGAAUUUCUCGAGUGAUUCUUGGGAUGAUACUUCAUUCAGUGGCCUGAAGAGAGCUAGAGAUGUUGAUGGGAGCAUGUUUUUUGGUUUGAGUAGUUUGGAAACUCAGAAUGGAAGUUCUGGACACCAGCCUGCUCGCUUGAUGCACCAUUUGAGCUUGCCUAAAACUUCUGCUGAGAUGGCUAUUGUAGAGAAGCUUCUGCAAUUUCAAGGUUCUGUUCCUUGCAAGAUUCGAGCCAAAAGAGGCUGCGCCACUCAUCCACGAAGCAUUGCAGAGAGGGUUCGAAGAACACGAAUCAGCGAAAGAAUGAGGAAGCUGCAAGAGCUUUUCCCAAACAUGGACAAGCAAACAAAUACAGCUGAUAUGUUAGAUAUGGCAGUUGAGUACAUUAAAGAUCUUCAGAAACAAGUCAAGACGCUCUCGGAUACUCGAUCCAAAUGCACAUGUUCAAUUAAACCGAAACCAUAUUGAAGUAUUCAGAAUCCUUGUGUUCUGUCUGGUUUAAUUGUUUUGUUUCUGUACAGAUAGCAAUAGAAAAUUGGUGGGAGAUGAAAAAGAUGGCUAACCCUUCAUUUCCAAUUCACUUAAAAAUAAUAGGGUAGUGAGAAAAUGUUGGUUGGGAGAAGAAAUGCUGCUGUAAUAUAUUGUAAGAGCCAAUUCUGAAUCAGUGGGCUAAAUGGCUAGUGUCUUAUCUGUAUUUUAGUUUUAAAAAUACAAGGAAAAAAAGAAUUUUUUUUCCUGUCCUUCUAUGAAGUUCAUGUUCUUAACCA